UUUAGCAUUAAAAAAUUAUAAGAUAUAUUUUUUAUCCUUUGAAUAGAACGUAAAAUAGAGACAAAAGCUUCAUUUAUUAGCCAGUUUUACCUUCUUUUUAUUUCAUUCAAGUUAUUGUUUAAAAUAUUUGCUUCAACAAUACAUAAAAAACUUAAUAUAUGUUAGUCACAAAAAAAUCAAAGAUAAAUAACCGGUUGAUUACAGCAGCAACUAAUUAACAUGCACAGUUCGAAUAAGGUAUCGAAGCGACACCUCGCGUUUUACACAUCGCCAUUCGUAUCGAAUUGACGGUAUAAUAUAUAAAUGUCCAACUCGAUGACAUUUCGACUUUAUUUAGCUUUAGGAACGGAAGUUGGAAGAUAUUGGUAGAUGGAAGGUUCAAUAUUCAUUUUACUAAUUAUCUACAUGUUAUCAGUCCAAUCAAUGGGCUAUAGUCCUUAUUCCACCGCUUGUCAGAGAUCGCCGGAUGAUCAUCAAAUAUCGGAAGAGAGUCGGCUAAUUAAAUGCUUAGAAAAACGCUAUCAGAAAGUUACUACUCUUGCAAGGCCAGUUCAAUCGUCGAAAGCAAGCGUAGUUGUACACUUUGGAUUAUCGCUAAUUCAAAUAUUGGACUUUGAUGAAAAGAAACAAAUUAUAACAACUAGUAUAUGGAAGAAUUACGUUUGGAGGGAUCAAGUUCUUUCAUGGAACCCGAUCGACUUUGGUGGCGUUGAGCACAUCAGACUAAAAGCAUCUAGUUUAUGGUCACCGGAUAUUGUUCUCUAUAAUAAUGCCGACGAGCAAAUUAAAGAGCAUGAAGAACUAGUGGCCGUUUACUUCAAUGGAACUGUCAAAUGGAUUCCGCCUGCCAUCUUUAGGUCUUCCUGUGAGAUUGAUAUGCGAAAUUUUCCUUUCGAUGAGCAGAUUUGCGAGUUUAAGUUUGGAUCAUGGACUUUUGAUGAAAAUAAAUUAGAUCUUCGCUUGUCUAAUGACACAGAUAAAAUAGACCUAAGGGAAUAUGUUCACAGUUCUGAAUGGGAGGUUUCAUGGACGUCUGCCAAACGACAGAUUCGUAAAUAUCAGUUCUUUGAUGACGAUCCCUACCCCGAACUCAUAUUUACCUUAAAAAUAAGACGUCAAUCAACAUUUUACGUUCUUCUGCUGGUUCUACCCUGUGUGCUUUUAUCAUGUUUAACAUUAGUUCUCUUUUGGAUUCCUGCUAACAGACCAGAUAGAACUGCAGUAGGUAUGAGCGUUUUCUCAUCAUUUUUCAUCUUACUUCUUAUUCUUGUUCAAUCAUCUCCACCUACAUCAGCUUCAAUUUCAUUACUUGGCAUUUAUUUUUGUAUAAAUAUGGUUCUUAUUGCUCUCUCUACAAUUUUAUCUGUGAUCGUCAUUAACCUAAGACGUAGGGCGUUCUCUCAUUAUGCUCCCAAAUGGUUACUCUCGGAAAAGCUCGAUAUAAUUGCACGAUUACUUUUGGCAUCUGACGUUUUGAGUAUUGUACCAAAUUCCCCGAGAUCAUCCAAGUGUAAGUUAAGAAGACUCGGAUCAAAACGAGCGAGCAAAAUAAACGAGAAGCAUAAUUUAGAAACUUCGGACGAUAGCGAUGAUCAGUAUGAGAAUGCUGAUUUGUAUGGCGAAGACACUGAAAGAGAGGAUUCAGCUAAAUGUUCUUGUUUGAAGAAGAAAAUAGCCAGAAGAUGGUUACUCGUUUCGUCAAUUCUCGAUAGAAUUUUCUUUGUAACCUAUUUCUGUACGAUUUUACUUGCUUUAGCUUUUGUGUUUCCUCGGAAUUGAUAUAUUCGUAUAUGUCUUUUUUCUUUUAUUAAACUCUUUACUAAAUUCAUAUUUGUAUCUCAUUUCUAUUAAAGUCUCUAAGUGCACAUAAGAUGUAACUAUUUUCUCUAUAUUUAACUAAUUUUCAAUGUAGAAUACAGCCAGAAUUUUCUCAUAUUGCUUUUAUCUGCCCUCUCUCUCUCUGCCGUUGUGCUUUUUCUAGCUCAUUUUUUCCCUUUCUCUCUCUACCUUUCUUUCUUUCAUUCUCUUUAUUUUCAGUACAGGUAUAUACUUUUUUAGUGUAUAAAACAAUAAAUGCAUAUACAUCAAAGUUGAAAAACUACGAAAAUAAUGACAAAAAGAUCAAAAUAACUUUUUUUUUAUAACAAAACAAAAAUAAAAAUAAAGGUAACACGCUUAGAAAGAGAAUUUAUAAGAACAUUAUAGAAUUUCAC